AAAGUCGAUCCUGCAAUAUGCCUCCACCACAUCCACCCACCACCCCAAGAACAAUUCAUUCACUUUAUUUUUCCCAACUCUGUCCUCUUCUAAAUCUUGGGUAAAUGCUCCAGUUUGUGCUUGUCCUCCAUCAGUCGAUACAACCUUAGACCACGAUGCGCACAUAGCCGUCGACAACAAUCUCUCAUUGCAGCUUCUCGACCUCCUUUUCUUCGGCAGCGUUUGUUGGGCGUCAAUAGACCAUUGGUUUCUUCCUCUUCAUAGCUCCUUCUAUACCUUGAUACUACAAAGAUGGCCGAGACAGCCGAUCCAUUGUCCGACCAGGCAAUGGUUCACUUGAAGAGCUACAAAUAUCAAAGUGUGGAUAAAUCAUUCAUUUCCAACUAUAUCUUGCGACACUAUUGGAAUGGCGCUGUCAAGCUCUUGCCCAUGUGGCUUGCUCCGAACAUGGUGACUCUGCUCGGUUUCUUCUGUGUCUUGAUCAAUGUCGUUUUCAUUCAGAUCUUCAUACCAGAUCUAGUUGGGCCAGGUCCGACCUGGGUAUACUACAGCUUCGCUGCUGGGCUGUGGAUGUACUCAACAAUGGACAACAUCGAUGGCAAACAAGCUCGACGAACGGGCACAUCAAGCGGCCUUGGUGAGCUAUUUGAUCACGGUAUCGACUCACUCAAUUGCACGCUAGCAAGCCUCUGCGAAACAGCAGCUAUGGGCUUGGGUCCUAGCAAGACUGGCGCUUUCACCGCGCUGGUGCCAUGCCUGCCCAUGUUCUUCUCGACCUGGGAGACAUACCACACCCACACGCUGUACCUGGGCGCCUUCAACGGUCCGACAGAAGGCCUCAUCCUCGCAUGCUCCGUCAUGAUGAUCUCAGGAUAUCUCGGACCCCAGAUCUGGUCGUACCGUGUAGCCGACUACGUUUCUCUGCCGAUCAACCUUCCGGUCGACAUCCCGUCUGACCUCACGUUUCGCGACCUCUGGAUCCCUAUCAUUCUUGUGGCCUUCUUCACUGCGCACCUCCCGGCGUGCGUCUACCACGUCGCACAGGCCCGAUACCGAGCCGACCUGCCUCUAAUGCCUGUCUUCCUGGAGUGGACCCCCAUGAUUCUCUUCACAGGAUGCUGCAUGGCGUGGCUCGCCUCUCCUCACUCGAUCCUACUCGCCGAGAAUUAUCUCCUCAUCUUCUGCCUGACUAUGUCUUUUGUCUUCGGCAGACUUACCACCAAAAUCAUUCUACACCAUCUCACCCGUCGAUCGUUCCCAUACUGGACAUCUUCAAUGGCACCCUUGGUUGGUGGUGCCGUGAUGGCAUGGCUGCCUCUUUUUGGCUACGAGCAAGUCUCGCCCAAUUUCGAGCGGUGGUACAUCUACGGAUAUCUGAUAUAUGCGAUGGCUCUGUACUUCACAUGGGCAGUGCGGGCGAUCAACCGGAUCUGCGCGGUUCUUGACAUCAACUGCUUGACCAUCAAGAAGAGAAAAGCAGAUUCUCGAGAAGCAGAGGCAUUUAGGGGCGAGCUGAAGACGACAUCCAAUGGUGAUGUGCGCCAGACCAAGAAAGAGCUUUGAAAUACUCAGCAGUCAGUUACGAGGGCUUUGGACAUUGAGCCUGGCGCUCAUCUCCUAUACACAUACAGCAUUUUACUUGUUUGGACAGGAAAAGGAUCACAGAUCCAGAAAAGCGGCAACACACAGUACGACAAUAUUGGUCGGGGUCCGGCAAUGGUGGCAAUCACAGUACGCAUUUCAGUACCUGGAUAGCGAGUGGUAUGUGAGCCGCAGCGAGCCCGAGCAUUUUAUAGACCAUCGUUGUUUUUCAAUUAUUCAUUUCAUUUCAUUCA